AUGUCCCUCAAGCAGGAGAUCGAGACGUGGGUGGCAGCGCUGGCCGCUUACGACAAUAACGAAUUCGAUGAAGCCCUAAAGUGCUUCGAUGGCAUCUCCGAUACCUCCAAGAUUCUCUUUAAUAUGGGCGUCAUUCACGCCACUCUGGGCGAGCAUGAGAGAGCUGUCGAAUGCUACCAGCGCGCUGUGCGCCUGGACCAGUACCUUGCCGUUGCAUACUUCCAGCAAGGCGUCUCCAACUUCCUGAUGGGCGACUUCGAGGAGGCAUUGGCCAACUUUAACGACACUCUUCUCUACCUGCGCGGCAACAACAACAUCGACUAUGAGCAGCUGGGCCUGAAGUUCAAGCUGUACUCCUGCGAGGUGCUCUUCAACCGUGGUCUCUGCUACAUCUACCUGCAGCAAAGGGAUGCAGGCAUGCAAGAUCUGUCUUUCGCCGCCAAGGAAAAGGUCGUUCCUGACCACGACGUCAUUGACGAGGCUAUCAGGGAGGACGCAGAGGGCUACACCGUCUUCUCCAUCCCGGUGGGCAUUGUUUACCGCCCGAACGAAGCGAAGGUGAAGAAUUUGAAGGCGAAGGACUACCUCGGAAAGGCUCGUCUCGUCGCAGCCUCUGACCGUGCCAAUGCAUUCACUGGCUUUGCCGGUGCUGAGAUCAAGAGAAUCAACCAGGAGUCCGCUUCCGGCAUGAACUCCAAGGAUGACCGACCGGACGACAAGAUUUCUUACGCCGCAACAAACCUUGUGAAGCCAGGCUUGACCAGUCGAUCGAGGCAACAGUCCGAGCCACCGAUCAACCGCAACAUGUUUCCUCCCACGCCUCCCCCGGAGGAGACGAAGGGCUCUCCCAAUGGAUACACUUCUCGGUCACAGUCUGUUCGUGGCGAAGGCCGGAAACCUGCACCAUUGGAGCUUGGACGCGCCGCGUUUGAUCAGUCCCCCAAGAGCCAGCAGCCUCGUCCGAUGCCCCAAAGAUCGAUGUCUGAACGUCCGAGACCCACUCGCGAGUCUUCUACGUCAUCGUCAUCGCGGGGUCCGAGAAACGGCGGUCCCAGCCUGCGUCCUCGUAUCACUUCGGACGAGGACGACGCGAGCGCUUACCCUGAGGAUCUUUAUGACAUGUACGGCAGGUCGGGCAAUGAGCGCCCCAGCUAUGGCGGACGCUCGCAAUCGACACGGCGCCCACAGCAGAGACCCAUGUACAUUGAAGAGGAGGAGGAAGACGCUUUCGAUCAGUCUGACAUUGACUCCGGCGAGUUCGAGAUGGUGCCCACGCGCUCUCGCAGUACGAGACGCCCGUCGACCAACCGUCCUCGCGGACAGUCUCAGAGGCGUAGCGUGGGCCUACGCACGAUUCGAGUCAAGGUGCACGCCGAUGAUACACGCUACGUGUUCCUUGACCCUUACGCACGUUUCGACCAAUUCGUGGGUCAGAUCAGAGACAAAUUCGGCCUGAGGGCGAACUUCAAGAUCAAGAUCAAGGAUGAGCAGGAUUUCAUCACCAUGAGCGAUCAGGACGAUCUUGACAUGGCAAUCAUGACCUGCAAACAAGAGGCGAAGAGGGAGAAGGCGGAAAUGGGAAAGAUGGAGAUCUGGGUGCAAACUGUGUAG